GGUAACCCAGCCAGUUAGUUGUGAUAAAUCAGGAGGGGGAGUAACACGCGCGCACUUACUCUCUCCCCCCAGCGGUCACCGUGGCUUGAUUAUCAUUUCCUAACAGUACCGUUUCUUGUACCUGAUGUAGUCACGUAACACACCUCACGCUCACCUCUGUUCCAGUACCUGCAGUUCCCAGUACACAAUGCGAGUGCAUCUUCUGCCCUAGUAUCUACAGGCAAUCUCGUAACCCACCUGGAUUAUUUCUGGCAGUUUAUUUUUGUACUAGUGUUGGGAGUAUACAUAGAGUAGUUCUGUGAUUCACGUGAAAGUGUUGCUUAGUGCACCAUGGUUGGAGUGCGCUGGUGAGUUGUGCACAAGCACCGGGUGUCGAUCUGAUUUAAAGUGCACAGUACAUUGUCGGUGAUGGGUGUGAAAUGUGCGGUUAUGUCAUCGUUUGUGGGGAAGGCUGGUAGUGGUGGUGGUAGUUGUGCUCGGUCGCAACACGCUGCUUUGUUGCGUCUUAUAGCUUUAGCUCGUCAGGGAGGCCUCUCCACCCUACCGCCUACACAGAGACACUUCCUGGCGCGACUCCUGCUAGCCCACAGAUCUCGCACCACAUUCACCCCUCAACAUAUGGCGGCACUAGAACAGCGGAUGGCUAUCUUAAAGCGCCAUUGCCGCCGCCACCAGCAACGCUUCCACCAUCGCCGUGACUCCACGCCAACAGACCAGCGGGAGACUCACAUCUUCAAGAAGCCUCUCCCUAGACCCACGCCAAGACAACGACCCUCCCUCCCUCACGACGCCAGCGCGUCGCCGGCGCCACCCGUCACAGAUGCUGCCGAUGUCAAACCUAACGGUGAAAGCAAGCAGUGGAUUCCAGUGUCAUUCACCAAGAGUCGCGGUUAUAAGACAAAAAGUACUUGGAAGGUUCAUGAUGGAGGCGGAGGUGAAGGUGCCCUUGAGGAAGACCAAUGGAGGCCCGUCAGGGUGGAGAAACUGCGUCCUUCUCCAUUGUAUCAUCAUAUUAAGAGUGCCUCAUAUUUUUCUGCCUCAGCUGUUCCUAUUGGAACUGUCCCUGCUGAUACUUCUGCUUCCUCUGAUACCAGGCGGUCCAGACGACGUUCGGGGCGACGUGAAAGACCAUAUUCAAGCUGUCUGGCCCCUACGUCAGACAGCAGCAGCAGCAGCAGCAGCAGUAAUAGGCAUGAUGCCCCUUGUAGUCAUCUUGCCGCUAACGUGACUAGUAGUCCGCCUCCAGCAAGCACCAGUCCCGCUACCACCCCCAACAUUUUUGUUACCAGUCCACCCACUAGCCCGGAUACUAGUGCAGUGACUAGUCCGAAUACCAGUCCAGUUAUUAGCCCUACUAUUAGUCCGACUCCCAGCUUAAUUCUCAACUUAGGUGCUAAUCCGAUUAUAACUUCGGUUUCUACACUAGUUACCAGUCCGGUCUCCAGCCCGGUCACCAGUGCAGCCACAACUCCUUCGACUAGUCCAGUUAUCAGUACACUCAGCAGCCCGGUGGCUAGCGCCGCGUUUCCUAAACCUCUUCAGCGGUUGAAACUCAAACCACUCUCCCUACUGGUGAACCCAGUCAUUACCACUCCUAACCCAGCUAAUCCCGACCACAGACCAAUCUUCACGAGCAUGGUCUCCGGCACAGUCACCUGCAAUUCCAGUUACACCUUCAGACCCAUUCCCAGAGCGGAGAGUCCAACAGAUGGCUCUGGAAAGUGGCAGUUGUGGGUGCCGGCUCUCAGGUACUCGUGGGUGAACCAGCUGACCCGCAUUUUCUUGCAGGAAGGUAGCGAGGAAGAACACACCAAGGAAGCCGAAGCCACGCAAGGAGGGGGAGAUGCUGUUCCAGCCUCCUCCUCCUCAUCUUCGUCCUCUUCCUCCUCCUCCACCUCGUCCUCCAGUAGCAGCAGACACUCGCUCUCUCACGGUGAUGGGAGCAGUGCAUGUAGCAGCAGUGUUGACAGCAGCAGCAGCAACAGUAACAACAAAGUGUCUUCAUUGUCAUCACCUCACAGUACCUCAACAGUCACUACUCUUGCCAGCACUGGCAUGGGAAACCCCUUUGCCAGAGCGACUCCUCAGGGCACCUGGGGCUCAGAGUCUUCCGACCACCGGCCCAUUCUAGCCCCUCCAAGACUAAGUCCGCGUCCAGAUUCGGGUGGACCACCAGUUAUUCGACCGUCACCCUUAGGUUCUAGCAGAGUAGUUAGCUCCAUUAGAGGCACACCUAGUCUCUUCAUGCCCCCAACCUUAACUGUCACUGGCUCGUCCCCACCACAGUCAAGCAAGUCUGAGUUUAAACUGAAGCCAUCAGUGUUGGGAUCUUCUAAUCCAUUUUCAAAAACACCAGUUGAUACUGGAGACAAAGCAGACUCAGCCAGUGGAUCAGAGGAAAGAGUUUCAAGAACAGCUCCUGAACCUGCAGCAUUUCAAACCUCUGGCCAAGAUGUCUCCUCUUCAACCCCAGUAACGUCUUCGCACAUUCCUCGAGCAACGCCUUCUGGAAUGAAAGAAGAAAGAAGAGGAGCUCGGUCUGUAUCAGUUGAAAUUCAUACAAACAGUAGUGAGGACAGUAGCACUUCCAGCAACAACUCUAACAGUAAUUCAAGAAAGCUGUUUCUUCCCCUCGCACGCAAUGGAGAUGGUAAAGAUAGCUCCGCAAGUCCCAACCUAGGUAGCAACAACUUCAUCUUUGGGCAGAACCUGCAGUCUAAAGUUGCUGGUGCAGAAAGUUCAGUCACAUCCUCUUCUGAUGCAGCGGGGGCCACCAAUGGAGAGAAACAAACUGGCAACCUUUUUUCUGAAGCUGCCAGUGAAGUUUCAUGGCCCACAGAUUCUGCCAGCAGCUCUGCCACUACAAAUGGCAGACCAGUUACUGGAAACCUGUUCACAGAUGCUGCCUCGGAAAUUUCUUUGCCAAGUGAGGAAAGUACGUGGACAAGUGGGCAGUCCCUGGAAGAGUCAUCACGGGAACUGACAGAGAAGGAGAAAAGUCAGAAACGGAAAUUUGAUCACGUUGAAGUUAUCACAGGCGAGGAGAGCGAGUCAAAUGUUCUACAGAUGAAUUGCAAGUUGUAUGCCUGGGUAAAUGGAUCAUGGCAGGAACGAGGUCGAGGUAUCCUACGCCUUAAUGACUGGGAUGCAGGACAAGAGAUACAUUCCCGUCUCGUUAUUCGCACACAAGGAACGCUAACUGUGAUGCUUAACACUAAGGUCUGGGCAGAGAUGUCAAUUGAACGUGCAAGCAGUAAAAGUGUGAGAUUCACUGCACUUGAUGCUGAUGGCCAACCUAAAAUCUUCCUGGCUAUGGGUAGCCCUAAAGAUGUGGACCUGCUGUACAACUCCCUGGAGUGGCGUGUGGCCACUUCUCGCUCUCACACACAUGAUGAUGGUAACACGGAGAGUUCUAAGAAGGCUAAACUGGAUGAAGCUGAAACUGGUACUGUCACUUCAUAAAACUUAUUAUUUGUUUUUCUUCAGAGAAACAUGCAAAUUCCUAGAUUAAGGUACAUCAUGAUUGUUAAGACAGUACUGAAGUGUGAGGGGAAAUUUACAAUGAAAGGGAGUGCAAAUGAAGAUUGGCUUUGAAUAAUCCUUAAACUGAACUUAUGGAGAUUGAAAAUUCAGUCAUCUCAAUUUCAUGUGGACACUGAUAUGUUAGCAACCAGUAGCUGAUAUUUUUAUGGACAUUGAUAUAGAACCAACAAGACAUUGCAAAGGUGUCUUUUUUCCUAAGAAAUUACUGAAAUAUGCCAAUGAAAUCGUGUUACAAUAUUUUUAUUUUAUAAAAUUAUGUAUUACUGUGAUCAGUGGUGCCAUAAAUGAAGGGCCAGUGAUGACUGGUGGUGAGCAGGUAGCCACUUGAUAUGCUGUGAUUACUGGCUUGGAAGGUCAAUGUUGAUAGCUGACUUGUGUUUAGCUUUUAAACUUUUAGACAUUGAUGACUGGCUAGUAGUCAGUGGACACCUUCAGUAACCAGGUAGCAAAGUUCCUCGUGAUCAAAGUACAAAAAUGAUCAAGGUAUGUGUUUGAUCAUGGUACGAAGAUGAUCGAAGUGUGAGGAUGGACUGAUAGACAUUGAGUUUACAUUUCUUUGAAGGACAAUCAGUUAUGUUCUUUUUAAUCAACUUAGCAGAAUGAGUUCUCAGCAGCCAUUAAAACAUGAACUAUUAAUGUCAAGAACUCACCUGUCCAAAAUAUUGGUUGAAUUGUUAAAAAUGUGAUUGUUGGUGUUAUGAAAGAAAUGUAAGUAGAAAGUGACACAGGACAAUUCAUUAAGCAAAACCUUUACACCACUAAGGAGUGGACCAAGUUCUAGGUUAGUUUAUUAUUUGUGAAAAAUGAACUCAUUUUUGGUCAUAUUGACCUUGGCAAAAUCAAUUUAAAGGUGAAAAUAAUAUACGAAGUUUGA